GUAGGUUCUUAAGAUAUGGAAGGCCAACUGAGGAAGAGAGACUGCCUUCAGUUGCACCUAGUGAACUAAAUCAGUUGAGACUGCGGCACACAGUCUCUGACCUGAGCAAUACAAACAGUCUUCCUGCAAGAGAGAGACAGUUCCAAAGCAAUAGCGCCAGCACUAAACCAGAAGAAAACCAUGAAUUCAUCUGCUUAUAAUAAAACGUGUAGGUUUUGCUCGGGAGUUGUUGUGCAAGGGCUAGGCCAAGCCAUCUUCACUGCGCAGUGCUCGUGUGCCUUCCACUUCUCCUGCGUCAGCAGCUACAUCUCUCAAGGCUUUCGCACCUGCCCCGUCUGCAGUGCCCAAUGGACUAUUAACCCUUUUGGUCCGCCGCAGAACACAUUCACCUUUCCGGUGGGUACUGUCAACAAUGUCUUCAAUCACACACCCCAAUUUCCCAUCACACGGUCCCGCUUCAACACUUUUUUCCAGCCCAAGCCCUUAAAGCCGGCACAUGUCUCUUUCUCUGAUGACGAGCCCCUUCCCGCGGUCACUGCCAGUGAUCCCAUGCCGAAAGACUCGCAGUUGCAUAAAGUGACCAUCAAAGCCAUUCCCGAGCGUGGAGCUGUUGGUCCUUGUGAAUCGGUGUCUCAGUUUGCGAUUCUCGUUGGACUCAAGGCGCCCUCGCUGUACUCCUCUCAGCGGGCGCCUCUUGACAUUGUCAUGGUGCUGGAUGUCAGCGGCAGCAUGAUGGGGAUGAAGCUGAGUCUCGUGAAGAGGGCCGCAAACUUUGUCAUCGAUAACUUGGGAGUUUCUGACCGACUUUCGAUUGUGUCAUUCUCUGAUGAUGCUAGCAGAAUACUGCCUCUUCGAAGGAUGAUAGAGGGUGGUCGUGAAGAUGCCAAGCGUGCUGUUGAUUCGCUCAAGGCCAAUGGUGGGACGAACAUUGCUGAAGGCCUGAGGACAGGAGCUCGAGUUCUUGAAGAAAGGCGCUUCAAGAAUCCGGUGACAAGCAUCAUAUUCUUGUCCGAUGGGAAUGACACAUACAACUUCAACCUUGGCUCGUCAUUGGAAGACGGAAAUCAGCACCUGCUGCCUCCCUCAAUCUUUCCCAGAAAGCAAAGAUCAUGGCCAUGGCCGGAGGAGAGCUCGAUUCCAGUCCAUUCGUUCGGCUUUGGUUCAGAUCAUGACCCUAUCUUGAUGCACGCCAUUGCUGAUGCAUCCGGGGGUACUUUCUCCUUCAUCGAGUCCUAUGAGAUGGUUCAAGACGCCUUCGCCGGGUGCAUAGGCGGCCUCCUGAGUGUCGUGACACAGGAGCUUCGCCUGAAACUGAGAACAGCAUCACACGGGGUUGAGAUCAAGUCAAUCCCUUCAGGAAGAUACAUGAGUGAUAUAUCUAACCAAGGAUCAGAAGGCCUAAUCAAUGUCGGAGACCUCUACGCAGACGAGGAGAAGGAGUUUCUGAUCAAUGUGUCCAUCCCCGUAUGCCCGACCAACGGGGGUGAUAGUCAGAGAAAGACCUCACUUCUGGACAUCACAUGCUCCUACAAAGAAGCAGUCUCGAAGCAGGCUGUAGUGAUCGAAAGCGAGCUAGUGGAGGUGCGGCGCCCCACGGCCCUUUCCCCUCAAGACUUGACUGUGAACGUGGAGGUUGAUCGUCAGAAGAACCGCAUCCGUGCAGCAGAGUGCAUCAAGCAAGCUCAGCAGAUGGCAGAAUUAGGUAACCUAUUUGGCGCAACGAACCUGCUGCAGCAAGAGAGAAUCGGUCUAAUGUCUAGCGCUGCUGCUCAGGCAGGAGAUGGCUUGACUGAGUGGCUUGGAAGUGAGAUGAAGGAAACAGAGGAGAGAUUUGGAAGUGCAAGCAUGUACCAGCAGUCGGGGCGGGCGUUUGCUCUGUCGGGAAUGAGCUCACAUGCUUCCCAGAGGGCGACAACCAGAGGCGGCAUGGUGGCCGGAGCUAGUGCUGCCUUCGGCGGUUCUUGUCCUCCCCCGGGUUCUAGUCCUGCCUUCGGAUCUGCACCCGGUGCUGCCUUUGGAGGUUACGCGACACCGCAGAUGUUUAGUAUGGUUCACAAGUCUCAGCAGCAGAGCAAGGCAGGAGAAGAGAAUGCUUCAAAAUAAGAAUAGAGUUUGCUAUAUUAUAGAGCUUGUCUCACCUUAUUAUAUUAGUGUUUUUCAUCAGUUUUUUUCUUUAUAUGUUUGUUUUUUGUUCAGUUUUUUAUCUGAUGAAUAAAAGGAUUUGAUGUUUUUGCUGAUCUA